GCGGCCGCGGCGCUGGGUAAAAUGGCAGUGCUGAGCCUCGUGUCGGAGUGAGCCCCGCUCGGCGGACCAGAGUCGGGAGCUGCCGCGCGGCUCGCCCAGCCCGGCCCUGCCGCCGCCCGGCCCGGCUCCGGGGACGGCGCCCGCCCGCCCGCCGUGUCCCCCCUCCCUCCCUCCCGCCUCUCCCGCACCGGGAGCCCCGUCCCGGGUCCCCCCCACCCCCCCCAUACCUCCUCCUCCUUCCCCCCCACUCCCUCCUCCUCCCCUUUCUCCGCCGGCUGCAACCGAGGAGGUACAGCGGGGCCAGGCCCCGGGAAGCCCAGCCCAGCGGAGCCCUCCCCGCCUCGCCAACCAGGCCGGGGGGGAAUGAGCCCCCGCUGCCCUGAAGAGCCCGCCGCCGCCUGAGCGGGGAGCAGCAGAGCAGCGAGGCCUCACGCCGGCCGGCCAGGCAGGGAGCAGCUCGGGGGGAACCGGUCCGGGGGGGGGUGGCUGGGUGGGGAGGGGGGGGAUCAUGGCUGCUCAGGUCGCCCCCGCCGCCGCCAGCAGCCUGGGCGCCCCGGCUCCAUCCGAGCUGAAGAAAGCGGAGGCGCAGCAGCGGGAUUGUCCCCCGGAGGAGGCGGGGGGUGAGGCGGCGGCAGAGCGCGGCGGCGGCGGCGAGAAGCAGGCGGAGAGCGAGGGCCCCACGGGGAAGGAGCUGCAGGACGGGGCCGAAAGCAACGGAGGGGGCGCAGGGGCCGAGUCCGACCUGAAGAGCUCGAACGGGAACCCGGGCCCCAGGCCCGCCGCUGCCGCCGCCACCCUGAACAAUAACCUCCCGGAGCCGCCCGGUGGCGGCGGCAGCAGCGACGGGGUGGGGGCGCCGCAGCAGCAGCCGCCGCCGCCGCAGCAGCCUCCCCCUUCCCACCCGGCCGCCUUGCCCCCGCCAGCCUACGGCUUCGGGCAGCCCUACGGCCGCGGUGCCCAGGCUGCUGCCGCCGCCGCUGCGGCCGCCGCCGCUGCCUUCCACCAACAUGGCGGACAACAAAGCCCUGGCAUGGCAGCGCUGCAGAGCGGGGGCCUGGAGCAGUCCUACCCGGGGCCGGCGGGAGCCCCCGCGGGGCCGCCCCCUCCCCAGAACUCGCACGGCGGCGCCGAGCACGGCUUCCCCAACCACCAGUACAACUCCUACUAUGCGGCCGGGGCCGGGCGCAGCGCCGGUUCCUACCCGCCUCCCCACCAGGCCUACGCCCUGAGCUCCCCCCGGGGCAGCGCGCAGAGCUCCGCUCCGGCGGCCGCCGGCGCCAAGUCCCCCGCGACCGCCGCCUUCCAGCAGCAGCGCUUCGGGGUCAUGGGGCCCUCGGCCGCCGGCGGUGCAGGAGGAGGAGGGGGAGCCACCCCGCAGCCCACGGCCACCCCCACCCUCAACCAGCUCCUCACCUCCCCCAGCUCCGCCCGCGGCUACCAGGGGUACCCCGGGGGCGACUAUAGCGGCGGGCCGCAGGACGGGGGAGCCGCCGCCAAGGGCCCGGCCGCCGCCGAGAUGGUCUCGCAGUACGGCGCGGGCAGCAGCCAGGGCUGGGCCUCAGCGGCCGGCGGGGCCCCGCCGAGGAGCCACCACGCGCCCAUGAGCCCCGGGAGCAGCGGCGGAGCCGGCGGUGGACAGUCCCUCGGCAGGAGCCAGCAGCCUUCGAGCCCAAUGGAUCAGAUGGGGAAGAUGAGGCCUCAGCCGUAUGGAGGAAACAACCCUUACACACAACAACAGGGACCUCAGGCUGGGCCACAGCAAGGACAUGGCUAUCCAGGACAGCCCUAUGGACCGCAAACUCCCCAGAGAUACCCCAUGGGAAUGCAAAGCAGGACGCAAAGUACAAUGGGCAGCAUCUCAUAUGCACAGCAGAUUCCUCCUUAUGGACAGCAGGGCCCCAGUGCAUAUGGGCAGCAAAGCCAGACUCCGUAUUACAACCAGCAAAGCCCUCAUCCCCAACAGCAGCAGCCUCCAUACUCUCAGCAGCCUCCAUCCCAGACCCCUCACUCUCAGCCUUCUUAUCAGCAGCAGCAACAGCCUCAGUCUCAACCUCCACAGCUUCAGACAUCGCAGCCUGCGUAUUCCCAGCAGCAGUCCCAGCCUCCCCAUCAGCAGUCCCCAACUCCAUAUCCUCAGCAGCAGUCCUCAGCCCAGCAGCAUCAACAGAGUCAGCCUCCCUACUCCCAGCAGCAGUCCCAGUCGCCCUACCAGCAGCAGCAACAAACUCAGCAGACAGCUUCCUCGGCUCUUUCUCAGCAGUCAUCUUCAUACCCUCAGUCACAGCCGCAGCAGCAGCAGUCUGCAUACUCCCAGCAACGCUUCCCUCCUCCUCAGGAGUUAUCUCAAGACUCAUUUGGGUCCCAGGCAUCGUCUGCUCCCUCAAUGGCUUCCAGUAAAGGGCAAGAAGAUAUGAACUUGAAUCUUCAGUCCAGACCUUCUAGCCUGCCGGAGCGAUUUCAGUUACGGACCCAAGUGAAAGAGGAGACGGCGAGCUCCGUGCGGAGGCAGGCGGCAGGGACAGCUCGCAGCUUGCUCAGGAGAGGAUGGUGUCUUGGUCUGCUAUACCCGGCCGGAGUGACUAGGCGGGACCUGUCUGGUUCAAUAGAUGAUCUACCCAUGGGUACAGAAGGAGCCCUGAGUCCUGGAGUAAGCACAUCAGGGAUUUCCAGCAGUCAAGGAGAGCAGAGUAACCCAGCUCAGUCUCCUUUCUCUCCACAUACCUCUCCUCACCUGCCAGGCAUCAGAGGACCCUCCCCAUCCCCAGUUGGCUCUCCAGCUAGUGUUGCUCAGUCCCGCUCUGGUCCACUUUCACCUGCUGCAGUACCAGGCAAUCAGAUGCCACCCCGACCGCCCAGUGGCCAGUCGGACAGUAUCAUGCAUCCUUCCAUGAACCAGUCAAGCAUAGCGCAAGACCGAGGUUACAUGCAGAGGAAUCCUCAGAUGCCCCAGUACAGCUCACCCCAGCCCGGCUCAGCCUUAUCUCCCCGUCAGUCCUCUGGAGGACAGAUGCAUGCUGGAAUGGGGCCAUACCAGCAGAACUCCAUGGGAAGCUAUGGACCCCAGGGUGGGCAGUACGGACCUCAAGGAGGUUAUCCCAGGCAGCCAAACUACAAUGCUAUGUCCAAUGCCAACUACCCCAGUCCAGGAAUGGGAGCAAGCAUGAACCCCAUGGGAGCAGGGAGCCAGAUGCAUGGGCAGACUGGUGUGCCACCGUACAGUGGGCUUCCUCCAGGGAGGAUGAGCCAUGCCACCAUGGGGAACAGACCUUACGGACCCAACAUGGCCAAUAUGCCACCUCAGGUGGGGACAGGGAUGUGCCCCCCACCAGGAGGCAUGAAUCGCAAAGCACAAGAAGCGGCUGCUGCCGCCAUGCACGCUGCUGCCAACUCCAUCCAGAACAGGCCUCCUGGUUAUCCCAACAUGAAUCAAGGGGGAAUGAUGGGCACUGGACCUCCUUAUGGACAGGGAAUUAACAGUAUGGCUGGCAUGAUAAACCCCCAGGGCCCCCCCUAUCCGAUGGCGGGGAACAUGGCCAACAACUCUGCAGGGAUGGCAGCCAGCCCCGAAAUGAUGGGUCUUGGGGACGUCAAAUUAACACCUGCAACUAAAAUGAACAAUAAGGCAGAUGGGACGCCAAAAGCAGAGUCCAAGUCAAAGAAGUCCAGUUCUUCUACUACAACCAAUGAGAAGAUCACCAAACUCUAUGAGCUGGGUGGGGAGCCCGAGAGGAAGAUCUGGGUAGAUCGUUACCUGGCCUUUACUGAGGAGAAGGCCAUGGGCAUGACCAAUCUGCCAGCAGUAGGCAGGAAACCCUUGGAUCUUUACCGGCUCUACAUCUCAGUGAAGGAGAUUGGAGGAUUGACUCAGGUCAACAAAAACAAGAAAUGGCGCGAAUUAGCCACAAAUCUCAACGUGGGCACGUCCAGCAGUGCAGCGAGCUCUUUGAAGAAGCAGUACAUCCAGUGUCUCUAUGCCUUCGAGUGCAAGAUUGAGCGAGGUGAAGACCCCCCUCCAGAUAUCUUUGCAGCUGCCGAUUCAAAGAAGUCUCAGACUAAGAUACAGCCUCCAUCUCCAGCGGGUUCAGGCUCAAUGCAGGGUCCUCAGACACCUCAGUCCACCAGCAGCUCCAUGGCAGAGGGAGGAGACUUAAAGCCACCAACUCCAGCAUCUACACCACAUAGUCAGAUGCCUCCUUUGCCAGGCAUCAGGAGUAACUCAGUGGGCCUUCAGGAUGCCUUUGCAGAUGGUAGUGAUCCUACGUUCCAGAAACGGAACUCCAUGACUCCAAAUCCAGGGUACCAGCCCAGCAUGAAUACCUCUGACAUGAUGGGUCGCAUGUCUUACGAGCCAAAUAAAGAUCCUUACAGCAGUAUGAGGAAAGCUCCAGGAAGUGAUCCCUUCAUGUCCUCAGGGCAGGGCCCCAACAGUGGUAUGGGUGACCCUUACAAUCGUGCUGCAGGUCCAGGGAUGGGUAACAUGGCCAUGGGACAGCGGCAACACUAUUCCUACGGAGGUCCUUACGACAGGGUGAGGACGGAACCCGGCAUGGGACCUGAGGGCACCUUAGCCACAGGAACUCCGCAGCCAAACAUCAUGCCUUCCACCCCGGAAUCGGGGAUGUACUCUCCCAGCCGCUACCCGCAGCAGCAGCAGCAGCAGCAAAGACACGAUUCCUAUGGCAAUCAAUUCUCCACUCAAGGCACAUCCUCGGGCAGCCCCUUCCCUAGCCAGCAAACCACCAUGUACCAACAGCAACAGCAGAAUUACAAGCGGCCGAUGGACGGCAGCUACGGCCCCCCUGCGAAGCGACACGAAGGGGAGAUGUACAACGUACCAUACAGCGGCGGGCAGGGGCAGACCCAGCAGCAGCUGCCUCCAGCACAGAGCCAGCAACCCAGCCAGCAGCAAACUGCACAGCCGUCUCCCCAGCAGGACCUGUAUAACCAGUAUGGGAGUACAUACCCUGCUGCUGACCGCCGCGCUGCCGGAGGGCCUCAGAACCAGUUCCCAUUCCAAUUUGGCAGAGACAGGGUCUCGGCUCCCCCAGGCUCCAAUGCUCAGCAGAACAUGCCUCCUCAGAUGAUGGGGGGUCCCAUACAGUCUACUCCAGAGGGCCCACAGCAAGGUGCCAUGUGGCAGGGGCGCAACGAAAUAGGGUACAGCUAUCCGAACCGGCAGAGCACGGGCUCUGCGCCCCAGGGGCCUGCUUACCAUGGAGUGACUCGAACAGAUGACAUCCUGCAUUCAGACCAGAGGGUCAACCAUGAGGGACCAUGGCCUUCCCAUGGGAACCGGCAACCUCCUUAUGGUCCCUCUGCCCCCGUGCCCCCAAUGACCAGGCCCCCCCAGUCUAACUACCAGACCGCCCCUAGCAUGCAGAAUCACAUUCCUCAGGUAUCCAGCCCAGCACCUCUGCCCAGACCUCUGGAGAAUCGCACUUCUCCCAGUAAAUCUCCGUUCCUGCACUCGGGGAUGAAAAUGCAGAAGGCAGGACCACCAGUCCCUGCCUCGCACAUAACACCAGCAGCUGUACAGCCCCCCAUGAUCCGACGAGACAUCACCUUCCCUCCGGGAUCAGUAGAAGCAACGCAACCUGUGUUGAAGCAGAGGAGACGGCUGACAGCGAAAGAUAUCGGAACUCCUGAAGCCUGGAGAGUGAUGAUGUCUCUGAAGUCUGGGCUGCUAGCUGAAAGUACGUGGGCCUUAGAUACCAUAAACAUCCUGCUCUAUGAUGACAACAGCAUAAUGACCUUCAACCUCAGCCAGCUGCCAGGCUUGCUGGAACUCUUGGUGGAGUAUUUCCGGCGCUGCCUGAUCGAGAUCUUUGGAAUCCUGAAGGAAUACGAGGUGGGAGACCCAGGGCAAAGAACACUAUUAGAUCCCGAAAGGUUCUGCAAGUCUUCAGCUUCCUCCCCUGAAGAAGGGGAGGAGGAUGAUGAACCACGGAGCCUGAACUGUGAGGAGGAAGAUGAGGAUGAGGAAGAGGAGGAGGCUGCGUUUUCGAGCAAGGACAAAGUACCUCUGGAGAGCAGCGAGGAAAAACUAGUUAGUAAAUUUGACAAGCUUCCAGUCAAGGUGGUGCAGAAAAACGACCCCUUUGUGGUAGAUUAUUCAGACAAGCUGGGACGGGUGCAGGAGUUCGAGAGCGGGCUGCUGCACUGGCGGAUCGGCGGCGGCGACACCACUGAGCACAUCCAGACCCACUUUGAGAGCAAGACGGAGCUACCUUUGACUCACAAACGGGCUUCCUGCACCUCUGUCCUGAGGAAACGUGCAGCAGCUGAGAGCAAUCCGAGCACUAGGGAAGGAGAGACUCCUCCAUCCGACAGCUCCUCGGAGAAGAGGAUAACUGCCACCAUGGAUGACAUGCUGUCGGCACGUCCGGGCGCCUUGGCAGGGGAGGAGGAAGAGGUUAAAGCUCUGGAAACGGCGAAAGAAAGCAGCAAGUUUCCCUUUGGCAUUAGUCCAGCUCAGAGCCACAGAAACAUCAAAAUCCUGGAGGAUGAACCUCACAGUAAAGACGAGACGCCCCUGUGCACCCUCCUGGACUGGCAGGACUCUCUGGCGAAGCGCUGCAUUUGUGUCUCUAACAUCAUCAGGAGUUUAUCGUUUGUGCCGGGCAAUGACUUUGAAAUGUCAAAACAUCCCGGGCUGCUGCUGAUUCUAGGGAAGUUGAUUCUCUUACACCACAAGCAUCCAGAACGCAAACAGGCACCCCUGACCUAUGAGAAAGAGGAGGAGCAGGACCAGGGGGUGAGCUGCAACAAGGUGGAGUGGUGGUGGGACUGCUUGGAGAUGCUGCGUGAAAAUACACUGGUCACGUUGGCCAACAUUUCUGGCCAGCUGGACCUCUCCCCUUACCCAGAAAGCAUCUGUUUGCCUAUCCUGGAUGGACUCCUCCACUGGGCAGUAUGUCCAUCAGCAGAGGCCCAGGAUCCCUUCCCAACACUGGGGCCCAGUGCGGUCCUCUCCCCUCAGAGACUGGUUUUGGAAACACUCAGCAAACUCAGCAUCCAGGACAACAAUGUGGAUUUGAUUCUUGCAACUCCCCCCUUCAGUCGCUUGGAGAAGCUGUACAGCACCAUGGUGCGGUUCCUUAGUGACAGAAAGAACCCGGUGUGUCGAGAGAUGGCUGUGGUACUACUGGCCAACUUGGCACAGGGGGACAGCCUGGCAGCAAGAGCGAUUGCUGUGCAGAAGGGCAGCAUUGGCAACUUGCUGGGCUUUUUGGAGGACAGCCUGGCCGCCACGCAGUUCCAGCAGAGCCAGGCCAGCUUGAUGCACAUGCAGAACCCACCCUUUGAGUCGACGAGCGUGGACAUGAUGCGCCGGGCUGCUCGGGCGCUGCUCGCCCUGGCCAAGGUGGACGAGAACCACUCGGAGUUCACGUUAUAUGAGUCGCGGCUGUUGGACAUCUCCGUGUCGCCUUUGAUGAACUCUUUGGUUUCACAAGUUAUUUGUGAUGUACUGUUUUUAAUUGGCCAGUCAUGACAGCUGUG